CUUUUUCCCGUGGUUCCAUGCAGUCGGGUGCUGCUCCUUUUGUUUUCUUCCGCUCCAGCACGCUAUACGCUUAUUUACCCACUGCUGUCCUUGUCGUCGUCUCUAUGCCGUUACCAUGUCAUCUUGCUUCUGAACACUCAAAAGCUGUUGUUACACGCCUUGUGCUAAUGCAUUCGCUACCCAGGUUUGCGCUCGAGUUCGAAUGUUCGAAUCCAUCUAGCAAAUGUUGUCAGAAAUUGAACCCGUUGACGUAGCAAUGGUUGAUCAUAGUCUUGACCACUCAUCCUUCGUUGAAGCCAUAGAAGCCAUACAUGCCACCGUUUUAGAAGAACAUCAACGAGACUUCCAUCAUAGUAAUUCAUCGCUCUUUCUGGAUGAGCUGCGCUCUUUUUCCACCAGCAAAGGCAACGACGAUCAAAGAUUAGCUGAGUGUUUCCGCAAGUUCGGGCUUUUUCAUCGUAUCUUUGCACCGUACUUUGACGUCCUCAGCAUCUGCGUGGAGAUACAGCCAGAAUGGCCCAGCUGGUUCUGGGGAACUGUGUUCUUGGUCUUCAAAGCCGGCAGUCACUACGUGACCUUGCUUGAAAAGAUUGCCGAUAUGUUCGAGACCAUUGCGCACAUCCUGCCUCCUUAUAAGCAGAUAUACAAGAGUUGCGAACGCAACUACUUGAGUCUUAACACCCGAACUGAAGAUACCCAUCUGACAGCACUCUUGUCAUACGUGUAUGCGGACCUUGUGCAGCUCUCCCUCGAACUUUACCGGAUAUUUUACCGCGGAUCGCAAGGCCUUAGAUUGCGUCCUUUGACGUUGAAUUCAACACAGUCAGCGCUGUGGCGGCCUCUUGAUUCUCGUUUCGCCCGCCUCGAGGCCCGAAUUUUUCACCAUAGGAAAUGGCUAGAAAAAGAGACCGAGAAUCAAAUCCAAAAUUACGAUGAUAUUGCCCAGCAUCGGAAUCAUUACAUUAGUUAUCUGAACCGUCAACAGGACUUGAACGGUUACAGCAAUGGAGAACUUGAACACCAUAGAAUAGCAAAGCGACUAAGGCGUGUCGCUAAAAUCAAGGCCUGGUUAUCGAAUCGUUCGUCUCAGGCGGAGAAACCCGAUAGCGGUGCUCGACAACACUCUCCCAACUCAUGCGCAUGGUUUCUCGAAACGCAGGCGUAUCGCAACUGGAAGAGUGAUCCAUUUGAUAGAAGCAAGGCAAACGAUACAAAUGCUUUGGAGAACACAUGGCAGCAUCGCGUGCUGUUCGUGCAGGCCAAACCAGGCUUCGGUAAAACAUUUAUAUCGGAUGCAGUUAUUGACAACCUUGCUGCUGUGGCAGAGGAUCCUGAUUUCAACGAUGAGCCACCUGCGACUGCAUUCUUCCAUUUUCACCGCAGUCAUCCCAAAAGCGGCAUUUCAGUUGACCCGUUCCGCGCUCUAGCAUGUCAUUUGAUGCAAACUUAUCGCCACGACCGCUCAACCCUCGACGCUAUAUGUCUUUUGAUGCGUAAGACCUCAUGUCGAGAAAACGCAACGACAGAUGAGGCGCUUGAUGUCCUCUCCCUUCUACUUCGACAGCACCCUACAUUCUUGGUGAUCGACGGCAUCGAUGGAAGCAGCGACAUUAAAGUCUUCCUAGCAUCCUUAGCCGGAGUAUGCCGUAGAUCUGAUACCAAGGUGAUCUUGUUUAGCCGGCCAAAUAUCAAGAUACCCCUCGAGUAUCAGAAAUGGGCGUCCGAUGCCCCACACAUCGUUCUACUCACACCUGAGCACAACGCAUCUGCUAUUGAACGCUACGUGGCGCAAGACUUGAAUCGAAUGGCAGAUCAAGGCUUCUUUGGAAUAUCAAUGGGCCACACGCUGAUGCCCCAAAUAGCGCAAACAGCGAACGGCGAGUUCCUGUGGGCCGACACGUUGUUGAAGUUUCUGGGAUCAGCAGCGCUGUCAGCAGACGAGCGACGUGCUAUUCUUGAGAAUAUUCAGGCACUGGAGGGUUCGGAGUUGCUGUAUCCCACCAUCCUCGGUGUGCUGGAGCGCCGCCCAAAGUAUGAGAAGCGCAUCAUUGCUGAUGUUUUUCGGUGGUUGUCAUACCCAAUCAAUCGUCUAUCCCCAUCGGCUCUGCGAUCCGCUCUUUCUACGUUUGAUGUCAGCGCGACUGAAAAUUCAUAUCUUCCCGAUGUUCUAAAGGCUUUACCGGAGCUCACUUGCGGUCUGAUCAUUGUGGACGAUACGGCCAUCGCUUUCGCCCAUGAAUCUUUCCGCGAAUACCUCCAGUCUUCCUUAUCGCAAGGUUCGGUCUUCAGUUUGUAUGAUGAGAAUAGCGUACAUGCGCACCUAGCCUCUCGUUGCCUCUCUUACCUUGCCCACGAUCUUCCCAAACGACCGUUAGGCGAAGUGUCACCUCGUUCACCAUCUGUACCCCCAGCAAUAUCGACAAAUAGUGGCGCAAGUCGACGUAUAAGCAAAUCUGGGGACAGUGGAUACAAGUCACUGUCAUCAUCUGACGACAGCAGUAACCUGACACAACCAGUCCCUCAUAAUCAAGACAAUGACGCGGGUACACAUGGCAUACGCAUAACACCCUUGGAUACAAACCUCCCCUUUCUGCGCUAUGCAGCUCUUUGUUGGCCCGUCCACCUCUCCCGCGCUUUAUCCGGUUCCAACGCGCCAGCAUACCUCCCCUUAUCGCUUGAGCCUCACGCAACAACACCCUACCUUCCCGCCUUGAGUGCUUUUCUCACUUCACGGCUUGCUGUAGCCGCCUGGGUGGAAGCCUCGUUUCGGUACAAUCUUCCUCCUACCUUGACACGCCUUGUUGGCCCUCUCUCGGAUCUGAAGGGCGAGAUACCAUCCGCGACGAAAGAGGGUCAGGAGUUGAGGCUGUUGAAAAAGGAAUACGUGGAAAUCAUGAGGGAGAACCCAGGUCUGAUAUGGCAGAUGGGUGAAGGAUACUGGCCGAUGUGGGAGUAA